UUGCACAUCUCACUCGUUAUGUUUGUAUACACCCAUCCCCUCCUCGCAGUUUCGACACCAGUUUGAUGGUUAGAGAGGAGUCGGGUGGCACAGACUCUGUCCUCACAGACAGGAGGUGGCCGGCCCUGAGCCCUCGAGGCUGGCCCGCUGGUGCGCUGACCAGGACUUCCAGGGCUGGUCGUGGCGAAAGGACUGGUGAGAACGACUCGGGCUCGGCUGGAGAAGGAACAAGAAGGGGAAUGGCCAAGGCGGGGCCACCCACAGGACCCGGCCUGCGUGGGGGCCUGAGCCUGCUGUGGGCUCCUGGGCGGAGGGUCCCCCUUCCUUUCUCCCCUGUACCCCCAUGCCUGGCACAGGGCGGGCCCACAGGCAGCAUUAACGGAAGCACGAGGCAUCCCUCUUGGUUGGAAUGACCCAUGACAGGACCUGCAGAUGAGAUGGGGCCAAUGUCCCUUCUGGCUGUCCACUGCACCGGGCCUCCAGGCAGCUGCAGGGAGGGGAGGAGGCAGAGUCCAUUAGCUCGGUGCUACUCUCUGGAGAGCAUGCGGAGGGAUUAUCUGGCUGCUUUGCCGCCUCCUGACUUCCCGGGACCACCCCUUUGGGACGGGAUCCAAGGAAGUGAGUGAUCCCAUCAUUAGGCGUCGGGAGUUGGUAAUCCUUCCACUCCUCCUCCGGGAGCCUUGGUGCGCGAGCCCAGCCUCGGAGCAGGCCAUGGGCUGGGGGGCUUCCAGCCUGGGCUCUGCCUUUGACCCACAGUGUGGUCCGGGGCAAACCCACCCUCUUCUGGGCUGUCUUUCCCCACCUGUAAAACGAGCACUCUUUCAUCUGGGAGUCUCCCAGGUCCGGUGUCCUCCGAUGGCAUGGGCCCAGCUCUGUCCCUGGACAAGCCCACUGGGCCCCACCCCAAAUAGUUCAGCGUCGCCUCUCCUCCCCUGAGGCCAGGUGCUCUGGACGGGACUACGAUGGCCCUGACUUGUCCGCAGUGGCAAAUGGUAGCCAGCAGAAACGAGACAUGUUGGUGGCCACUUGCCAAGCACAGAUUGAACUGACUAGCAGUGGCCCUUUUUGGGGAGCAUGGGGUAAGGUAGAAGCGAGGGGCAAGCAGAAGGAGAAGAGGGAGCCAGAAAAGUGUAUUUUCUCAGGUCACAGUGAGAACAGUCACCACCAUUUAUGGAGGUCUGGAUUAACCCAACGAGCACAGUACCAAGAGCUUUAUAUCAUGUAGCAACUCAAUUUGUCCGUAACAUCGAGCACGUGUGACCCUCUGGGGCAAAGUCUAGACCUCGGGACUCAGAGAGUGCAGUUAGCAUCUAGUGCAAGGCUGGGUAGAAGACGAUGGGGGUGUACCCCAUGUCCCCAGGGGGUCCCCAGCAGACCCCGCUGGAAGUGGGUAUUUUAGACGGUCGUGGUGAGAGGGUCCUGAAACUUCACUGGGCUCAGUGGCUAAGAACAUUGAUCAAAAGCUCAGGCGUGCGAGAAAAGUGGAAUUUUCUCAAUUGUCCUGUCUCAAUUUCUGUUUCUGGUCCCCAUUCUACUGAGGCGAUAGGCCCAGAACCCUGUGUAUUUACGGCCCUCCCCUUGCUUAGACGUGUGAGUUCUGGGCACUCAUGCAGAUGUGAGGGUGGGUGGGGUGCUGCGUCCUCAAUAUCCCUCAGCUUCCCACACGUCCCCUGGCACCUGGCCCCCAGGUGUGGUCCCCGUAGGUGCUGCUGGACCUGCUCACACCGCCUGUGAGCCCUGCAGCUUGGCAGCACCCUGUGGCCUCCAUGCCCGUCCUGGGCACCCACAGGACGUUCUGCUGCGUCAGCUGCAGAGCAGGGCAUGAGCCGCAUGAGACGCUGCCUGAGGCCCCCUCUGCCUGGAAACCUCCUGCAGCCAUUUGUUUUCCAGAAUCUUCCCUCCUCCCCAGCUCUUCCUGGGCCAAGAGCGCCGGCUUCCCUCUUCCUGCUCUCAGGAACCUAUUUGGGAGUUUGGCUGCCUUCCCGGGGAGGGCGUGCGGGGCUUAUCUCUCUGGGACAUACUGACAACUCCAUUUAUGUCCUUUCCUUCAACCUCCCCCCUCCUCAUCCUCCGGGAAACCCAGACACGGGGGCCAGGACACUUGCCCUCACUCACUGUGUAGCCUGCGUGUCCUUGAUCAAAGACGUUCAGUCCUUUCUGUCUCCAAGCGGGCGUGGCUUUCUGGAAAGAGAUGUCUAGUUUCUCUGUUUCCUGCAGCUCCACCCGCUCCCCGAGGAAUUACACAGACCUUCAGGCUCUUCAGGAACACAGGCCCAGGGGAGGCAGGGUAGGAAACUGGAGAAAACUCUGCCUGUAAAGAUAGAGGCAGGAGCUCCAGUGGAGGGACAAUGCCAGGACCCCUGAGAUUGAGGACCGGAGCCCAAGUCUCCAUCCCAGGGCCAUGGGGUGCUCCCCAAAACAGGGCAGCAUGCCGGGCAGUCCUCCCACCACAGCUCCUAUCUGCCCAUGCCUGCAGACCCAGCAAACAGAAGGAGCUCCCCAGAAAGCCACCAGGACCCUGCUAUAGAGCCUCCAAAUCGGCUUGGUGCUGCCAAAUCUGUUAGUAAUUUGAGCAAGACUUUAAGGGGAAUAUGGAAGACCCAAGUGUGCAUGCCGUGGGCCACCAGGAGGAAAUCCGCCACCAGAGAGGAUUUACAACCACAGCAUGUUUCGGCUUCCCCUGGUGACAGACCUGUAUCUCAGGGGAAGUUUGGACAUGGAGACACACCGGGAGAAGGGAGCCACGUGGCUGAGCGAUGCCCCCCCAGGCCAAGGAACACCAUUGACUGCUGGCGGCCACCAGGGGCUGGAAGAGACCAGGGAGGACCCUCCGUUAGAGCUGGCGGAAGGAGCAUGGCCUGCAGAAACACCACAAAACACCCUGAUCUGGGACUUCCGGCCUCCAGAACUGUGAGCCGACACAUUUCUGUUAUUUUAAGCCACCUAGUUACGGCAGCCUUAGGAGACGAACACAAGCACACCUGUCUUCCUCCUGGCUUCUCCAGGGCCAGCCAAAGCUGCACCCUCCCUUUCAGGAUGGCCACUGCUGCCUGCUUCUCUCUUGGCGUUCAAGCUUUCUGUCGAGGCAGGCACCUCAAUGCUGGUGUUUGGUGGACCUUCCUCUGGGGCCUCUGGGGCCCCGUCACAGUGCCGGCACCUGUGCACCUGCUAUGGUCUCCUCUGGGCCCAGGAGAGCCUCCUGUUUUCUCUCCAGGGCACAGGGGCCUGCAGGCUGCACUUGGCCUCACCCCGCUCCACCCAACCUCCUGUCCGGAAUCCUCAGGCGGUACAGCCUCAGCCCCUGCUCUUACUAAGUGUCACCCCACCCCUGUGGGAUGUGGGAUAAACUCUUCUGGAAAUAUCUGUGCCUUGGGGCUGGGCUUGGGGUUUCUGCAGGGCCGUGGGCCUGCAGCAGAGGAAGGAGGCAGCAUUCUCCCCUCUCUUUAGGCACCCCGGUCUCGGCAAGAGGCUCUCUAGAGCCCCCGCCACUGGCUUGCAGGACUGCAGGGAGAGGUAAGGUCAUAGCUUCUCAUGUAACACAGAGCUUCCUCGUGCAUUCAGUAAGUUCCCUCUCUUCUGCUCAAAUAGCGUGUAUUUGGGCUGAGGAGGUGACAGGUAGGCAGUGUAGACACCUCUCAACAAAUCCAGGACGAGGGAUCCUGGCAACCCUCACUGGUGCUAUAGAGGUACCUGUCACCCACCCACUGUCCCCAGCUUCGGGGUUUCAGGGGAAGGAGUCCCCUUCCCAUCCUGUUCCGUGGAAGAACACAUCCUACACAUAUGAGCUUGGCAACUCUGGGCACACGGGCCACACGCUCCACUCUCCUCUACCUUCACCUUCACCACUGGGCAAGAGACAGCCCAGGCUCUGGAGUCCCUGGACCCAGGUUCAAGUUCCUGCCCAGAUAUGCCCUGAGCUGUGGGUCGUAGGUGAGCGACCCAGCCUCGGUUUCCUCUGCUUUCACACGGGAAGGUCACAGACUAAGUGCCUGCCGCGGAGUCAGGCACAGUGACACACCCAGCCACUGCCUCGGCGUUUGGGGCUGGCCAGCACCCUGCAGCAAUGACGGGAGUGUGGAGCUGACCCUUUGGUGAGCAGCAGCAGAGCUCGUCAUACGUGAUCCAGGUUGAGGAUCCCUGUCUGGACGCCCACUGGCUUAUGCCUGAAUUGCACGGCAUUGUUUAGCAGGGGAACUGCAGGAAAAGACCAAAAAGAUACUGGUGGCCUGUUGGGGACCUUGAGCCAUAUGAGAUCGGGACUAAUCGGCUUAGCACUUUGAAAAGCCCAGACCUAAAUUCCUGGGGGAUUUUUGCCCCCACACGCCCUUCCCACAAUCCACUGGGCCAAAUGCAACUCCACCUAGGACUUUUUAAGUUAAAUCACUUUUGUGCAUUUAGCAGUGUGCUGCCGUGUAGCCGCGGUGACUCUUAAAGUUGACUAAUACUCACAUUUUAAAGGGGGAAAAAUUAUUGCAGACCCCCAGUGUGGACUAAAAUUAUUUUGAUCAUAUUGUUACUUAAAUAUAUACAAUCAUAAAAGUAAGUAUAAAUCCCUUAUGCUUUUAGCUCUUACACAGCUAUAAAACCAAAACACAAUUACAAAUUAAAUGCAAAUAAAACUGCAAAACCAUUAAAAUUCAAAUUAAUGGCAUUAAUUUAAUGUGACAGAUGAUGUUUUGCUGAAAGUAAAAUAACCAGUGUUGGGUUUAAUAAUAGAAGGAUGUAUUCCCAUUUUAACUUCUGCUUGUUAUCAACUAGAUUGUUUUGAUGUUUGAACAUGCUGGGCCAUCAUUAGCGUUAUUGUCAAUAUUAUUAUAUUUUUCAUGUAUUGAAAUGGACAAACUUUUAAACACACAGAGACCUAGG